AUGGCGCAGGCCGCCGCGGUCGCCGAGGUGACCCAGGUGCUGUGCGCGGCCGGCGGCGCCUUGGAGCUGACGGAGCUGCGGCGCCGCCUGCGGCGCGGCCUGGACGCCGACGCCCUGGAGCGGCUGCUGCGGGCGCCCGGGCGCUUCGCCGUGGUGGCGCGGGCCGGCGCGGACGGCGGGGCGGCGGCCCCCGAGCGCGUGGCGCUGGCCGUGUCCCCGCUGCGCCUGUGCCGCGCGCACCAGGCCCCCGCCGCGGGCUGCGUGGGGCUCUGCACGCAGCUGCACCUCUGCAGGUUCAUGGUGUACGGCACCUGCAAGUUCGCCAGGGCCGGGAAGAACUGUAGAAACAAUCACAGCCUGACGACUGAUCACAACCUGAGCGUGCUGAGAACUCAUGGUGUUGACCACCUCAGCUAUACUGAGCUGUGCCAGCUCUUACUUCAGAACGAUCCAUUGCUUCUGCCAGAAAUCUGUCUGCAUUACAACAAAGGAGAUGGACCCUAUGGCUCUUGUACCUUUCAAAAGCAAUGUGUCAAACUCCAUAUCUGCCAGUAUUUUUUACAGGGAGAAUGUAGGUUUGGCACCCACUGUAAGAGAUCUCACGUCUUCUCCAAUUCUGAGAAUCUGGAGAAGUUGGAGAAGUUGGGCAUGAGCUCGAGUCUGCUGAGUAGGCUGUCCUCCAUCUAUAGAAACGCCCUGGACAUCAAGGAUAAGAGCUCUUCCUCCAGCAGAGGGCACCCUCCCACUGCAGGCCAGCAGGCAACGUCUGAAAGAAGAGGCAGUUCAGGUCCUGUGUCCCCAAGCACUCCUAACCAGGAGGAGAGUGAUCAGAUCUGCUUGUAUUAUAUCCGGAAAAGUUGUAGCUUUCAAGAUAAGUGCUAUAGAGUUCAUUUCCAUUUGCCGUAUCGAUGGCAGUUCUUGGAUGGAGGCAAAUGGAGGGAUUUGGAUAAAAUGGAGCUUAUUGAAGAGGCGUACAGCGAUCCCAGGAAAGACAGCGUUCUGUGUACCACGCUGGUCAGUGGCUUUCGCUUUGAAACUCUGUACUUUGACUCCAUGAUGUUUGGUCCUGUGCGGGCUCGCCGGCUCUCCACAGCCUCCUCUGUCACCAAACCCCCACACUUCAUCCUCACCACUGAGUGGGUGUGGUACUGGACUGAUGAGUUUGGUUCUUGGCAGGAAUAUGGAAAACAAGGCACAGUGCACCCUGCCACCACCAUCGGCAGCAGCGACGUGGAGAAGGCCUACCUGGCAUUCUGUGCACCGGGCGCUGGUGCCCAGACAGCCACGCUGAAGUUCCAAGCUGGGAAGCACAAAUACGAGUUAGAUUUCAAAGCCUUCAUUCAGAGAAACCUAGCUUAUGGCACAGUCAGAAAGGUUUGCCGCCGACCCAAAUAUGUGUCCCCCCAGGAUGUGAAGACAAAGCAAAACUGCCAUGUCAAGUUGCAAGGCCCAAAGAAUAUCCCAGACUAUUGGGACUCCUCGGCCCUGCCGGACCCCGGCUUUAAGAAGAUCACCCUCCACUCUUCCUCAGAGGAGUAUCAGAAGGUCUGGCACCUCUUCAACCGCACACUGCCUUUCUACUCUGUUCAGAAGAUCGAGCGAGUCCAGAACCUGGCCCUCUGGGAAGUUUACCAGUGGCAACGAGGGCAGAUGGAGAAGCAAAACGGAGGGAAGGCGGUGGAUGAAAGGCAGCUGUUCCACGGCACCAGCACCAGCUUCGUGGACGCCAUCUGCCAGCAGAACUUUGACUGGCGGGUCUGUGGCCUUCAUGGCACUUCCUAUGGCAAGGGGAGCUACUUUGCCCGAGACGCCGCCUACUCUCACCACUACAGCAAGUCUGACUCUCAGAUCCACUCCAUGUUCCUGGCCCGGGUGCUGGUGGGUGACUUCAUCAGGGGCAACGCGGCCUUCGUGCGCCCCCCCGCGAAGGACGGCCAGAGCAGCGCCUUCUAUGACAGCUGCGUGAACAGCAUGUCUGACCCGUCCAUCUUUGUGGUCUUUGAGAAGCACCAGGUCUACCCUGAGUACCUCAUCCAGUACUCGACCUCCUGCAGGCCUGUGGCUGGGGCCUCCAUCCUGGCCACCCUGGGCUCUCUGUUUGGUAAUCGAUAGUGAGCACUGCCAGGCCCCUGUUGGGCCUUGCAAGAGCUGUGUGAGAGUUCGGGUUUUGGGGUUUUUAGAAACAAAAUAACUUUUAAUGAACUGUUUAAUGUGGACUUCUCGAUGAAGUUGCGUUCUUAAUCUUUUGCUGAUAAGGGUUUUCACUUUUAAGUCACUUUUGGGCUCCCUAGUGGACUCGCCAGCAGUGAUUGUAGGGAGCCCAUUUUUGCUUUUUAAUAAUGGAUUUUUAUUCUCUUUGUUGACUUUGCUGCAUAUUGGCACCAGGUACAGGGUUCUAUACACUAUUUUAUGGAUUUCUUUUAAUUUUUGCGAGUUUCUGUCUCUACAGUGCUUCUGUUUUCCAGGGUCUUGUGGCCUCUGUUUUACUGUUUGUCAGCAUGACACAGUGGCCACGGGUAGAGGAGGACCAAGGGUGGCCGAGGGCAAUACCAUCACUUCUGUUUGUGGCUCUGGCACUAAUCCAGAGAGCUCUGCAGUGGAUGCUCCUAGGCGCUGGCAUUGUUUGGCUUGUGUCAUGGCAUCAAGCGGUGUCACCAAGCCCCUGCUGGUUUCUCCUUGUCCUGGUGGGGGUCGGUUAUCACUUAGAGGAAGCACAUUGACCCUGGCAGGCGGUGUGGAUGAGUGCCCCUGCCAGGACCCUUGGGUCUCAAGUGCCCAGACCUUAUCUCCAAGCACCCUCCAAGUGUGGGCUUUAUGUCCCCCUGAGAUCGAAUAUCUGUGCUGCAAAUGUCACACAAGAGUAUGGAAAUAAAAUAUUUAUCUGAAC